AGUGCUGGAUACAUUGACUGGACAAUAGGCAGUGGAUACAUUGUGUAGGAGAUGAGUGGAUGGGAGCCAGUCACUGCUCCUUCUGCCAAUCACAGCCAGUCCCUCCCCAGCCUGCUCUGCUCCCUUCAAUAUAGCUCAAUGAGAGGAACUCACAGAUACCGGGCACAGUUCUGGAACUCAGCAGGUGAGAGGGUACCUUGCUCAGCCCCUGUCUGGACCCCACGACUAACGAUGGAUCAAGAGAGCUAUCCAAAUUCAGAUGAGCUGGACGAUGACGUGUUUUACCCUGAUGACUGUGAUUUCCCGAUCCCACCUUUGACCCCACCUUCAGCAUUCACGCAGAGCCAGUCCUACACUUGUCUCCUUGGGAGGUUCCAGAUUUUCCCACUGUCUCAUUGCUGUGGACCAGGAUGUAGGAACACAGACUAUGAAGAUAAGGCCACACAGACACUUGGGCCACCAUCUGUUAGCAUUGACACCAUGUUGCCUUGCGGGGUCACAGAAUGUCCACAGAGACUUUUCUAUGGAAAUGCUGGGUUCAUAUUACAGCAUCCUACGUACUCGCUUGGAGACCAUUUGGCUUACAGGAGGCAGGAACAGAGCACAGAGCGUCGAAUUGGACGCAAACUACAAUGCAUCGGAGAUCAGUUUCACAGACAUCAUUUACAAAAGCGUCAACAGAACAGAAAUCAAGUUUGGUCGCAGAUCUUUCUAUUUUUCCGCAACCUGGUAAUACGUAACGAGAGGAACAGGCGUGACGCAAAUUGGCGGUGACAUUUCUUUAUGAGCCACUGAAGUAUAUGCAUACGUUACGUUAAGAAAAGACACGAAAACUAUCUACUGUAUCUUUCUGCUCAAAAGAUUUUCCUGUAAAUCGAACGUUAGGGUAUCGUCAGGGAAUUGUGGUCAAACACUGUUAAGUAAACUGCUUGCACAAACUUCUGUAAAUAUGUAAAAUCCAUUUAAAACCAGCAAAAAAGUAACAUGAAAGGUAACCAAAUCUACAUAGCCCUGUUACGUGCCUUAGUGGAUUGUGCAAUUUUUUUAGGGGGGGGGUCAAAAACUGUGAGAGCGAGAAUUCCCUUUCCGGGAAUAAUGUUUAACACCCUUGGUUCAAAUUGGAUUGAUUUGGUUAUUGGACGUAUUAUUUCAUGGAGAUCAUGGUUUAACUGAGUGUUGCGUAAAGUUUUUCAUUAUUUCCAGGACAGGACAAUUUAAAUACUAAGUAAAUAUAGAAAGAUAAUUGUAAGCAUUUGUUUGUCUGAUAUUGUAAUGGCACUAUUGAAAUUUUUUUGUUGAAGAGUAGCACUAUUUUAAAUACUAUAUAAAUACUGUGUGUAUCUGUUUGUAACUUUGUAAAUAUGGUGGGUUGGAGAUUAACCCUAUAUUUGUUCUAUGAAAUUGUGAAAAGGACAGCCCAAAGCAAACAGGUUAAUCUCAAAAAUAUGUAGGAUUACCCGUAAAGUUGGCCGUCUGGGUAGGCUCCAGGCUAGAGUAGACUGUGCUACCCUACAAAGCUCCAGAGGUCUAACAGUUAUCUGUGGAACCUAGAAUGUUCUGGUCAAAUGCAGAAGAUUCUCAAGUUUAUCUAGCAAAUAAGUUCUCUUACUUGGUGUACAGUGAAAGAGUGAAGGUGUGACCUAAGUUUUAUACCUGAUGGGUUUUCUGCCUUCUGUGGUAACAUCAUAUAUAGUUUAUAUAGUAAAAAAAGGCAAAUUUUUAGGGCUGGAAUUGGGAACUGAAUUAUAUGUAUGAGAAGGACACAUUGAAAGCCCAGCCUAGAAGUUCCUCGAGUUUACUCAAACCCACAUUGACCUUAGUAGAGAUGAAUUCAAAAACUUUAACCAGAGGAAGCUUGAAUCACCUACAUUUCCCUACAUUUAACAGAUCUGGGCAGGACAGGUUUAACCAUAAGGCCACGCUAGGUGGCCGCCUAGGACUCAGGUGUCCUGACUGUCAACCUUCAUAGGUCCUUGUGAGAUCCAGCAGGGUCCAUGGUGCUGAAGGGUCCAGCAGAUUUUGCUUCCCUAGCUGGGCCUAAGUGUUUUUUUUUUGUGAUCAAUUGUGGUCAUUAUCAGGAUUACAUAUUCACUAGCUAUUUGUUAAGAAUAAUGUAAAUUCACGUUAUCAUUUGCACGUCAGUAACAUUUUGAUAGAAUGUACUUGGCUUAUGAACAAACCAUUUUAAGAUGUGCAUGUAUAAACAAAUCAAAUGAGAUUAGAAGUGUUUUGCUGGGCAGAUAAGUUAGGCCAAGUGUUUUUCUUAAAGCGUUUGAACAUUUCAAGAGUGGAUAACUGAAUGUGACUCAUUUAAAACUAAAUAGGUAAAUACUCGUGAAAUUCUGUCACUAUUAACCUUUAGUUCCGAUGUCGCUGUUACAAUACUCUAGUUGAAGUCUCUAUUAUUAGAAUUGCAUUUUAAAUUAAUUAAACUUUAAAAUUAAUGCUUGAUUCUCAUUAAUCUGAAAUUAAAUGUGUGUGAUCCAUAAUACUGCUGAUUAAACCCAUGCCCAAGGAGUAGAAAUAAAAUAAUUCAGAUCAAUCCGGGGAUUUUACAUGUUCCUUUUAGGCCGAGUCCCUUCUCCAAGGAACAAAGGUAAAACUAAAAAUGGUCCAGGAAAAAGGGAAGCUAUAACCUUACUUAUAAUAAAUAGAAGUUUGUCCCGUUCCUUGUUAAUGAGUGAGAAAUUUGUUUGUGAUAAUCUUAAACACAUCAUAGA